AUGGAUCCGGAGCAGACGUUCCUGCGGGUGCACGCGCGCCUCUCCGGGAUGCUGUCGCAGCUGCUCACCCCGCGGAUCCGCCUCGCGCUCGAGUACCUCUACCUCGCCGGCGCCGUCGCGCUCUUCUGCCUGCUCGUCGUCAUGCACACCAACUUCGUGCAGCAGCCGGGCUGCUCAAGUGAGUUCACUGGAAUUGAAUUUGGUGAAGCACAACUUGUCCAAAUCAAGAUAAUCAGUGGUGGACUAUGGGCCAGCAAAGGUGUGUCUUAUAUUAUGGAUCUCCAGAACCUGGGGCGUUCAGCUGAGAAAAUUCUAGAGGUUAAUGGUGAUAAGUUCAAUGUUUUGGCAUCUAAGUUUUUGUCAACUUGGGUUGGUCCUGGACCUAGAAGGAGUAAGAUUAUGUUUCGAACUUGGAAUGGAGACAAAGAAUUUGAACCACAGUCAGAGAAUGCAGCUGACGCAAUUGUUACUGCAAUCAUUCCAGGGGUACCGGAAUUGAAGACAACCGGAGAGGGUUCUGUACAUCAUCCUUUAUCUGCUAAAGAAUCAAUUAAAGCAGCGGUUACGUACUUAUCCAGAAAGUGGUACUCUCGUGCUGCCUUAUUUUGGAGGAACAUAAAGCAGGUUUCAGAUAAUGCCCUCCAACUAAUGGUCAGAUCAAACUGGGAUGACUUUCUCCACCUCAUUAAGGAUCUUCAAUUACCAAGCAUGGAUCAUCUUCUUUCGAACAUUGUGAAGUGGUUUGAGAAAAGAAGCAAAUCGUUUGAGCCUACCUAUUUAUAUGGUGUGGAGAAGGGAUAUUUCUUGCUUUCUGAAGUAGCCAAAAAUACCCAUGGUGUCCGAACUAUAAACAUCACGAUUUCUGCUCGAAAUCCUUGCUUUGGGAACAGGUGGCAGCAGCUUUUGAUAAACAGCAUUGUUGGUUAUGAUACUAUACUGACAAACAGCUUGGUGAAUUCUCCUGGCCAGGGUUAUCUAUACAACUUUCAGACAAAGGAGCUUUAUGAUCUUAGUUAUGGGCAUGAACCGCCAACAGGUCCUACAAGAUUCGGAGAUUACUUUGUGACGAAAUGUGGUGUCCUUCUAAUGUCACUCUUUGUAUUCUUCACAACCACCAUGUCUGUUUCAUUUACCCUGAGGGAAACGCAGUCCCGCAUGCUUAGGUUCACAGUGCAGCUUCAACACCAUGCACGCCACCAGCUGCCCACAUUUCAACUGAUAUUUGUGCAUGUCAUUGAAUCACUGGUUUUUGUUCCGAUCAUGAUUGGGAUCCUCUUUUUUCUGUUUGAGUUCUACGAUGACCAGUUGCUCGCUUUUCUUGUUCUGACUCUUGUGUGGUUAUGUGAGCUGUUCACAAUGAUCAGUGUGCGCACAUCUAUUUCAAUGCAGUUCUUUCCGCGCUUCUUCUUGUUGUAUUUCCUGGUUUUCCACAUCUACUUCUUUUCAUACACCUACGGCUUCUCGUACCUGGCUUUCUCUGCUACGGCAGCAUUCAUGCAACAUCUAAUCCUGUACUUUUGGAAUCGUUUUGAGGUGCCAGCCCUCCAGAGAUUCAUACGGAGCCGAGCUCACAUCCACCAACAGACUGGUGUUCAGAUCACAUCCUCCACCAUCUACACUUCAACAUUACAUAUCGCGAGGGUAAACGUGAGGGACCCCGGCACGUUAAACGACGACGCUGGCGCAGCUCAUGAAGCAGACCCCCUACUGGCCCAGGCCGAGCCGACGAGGAACCACCAAGAGGGGGCCCAGCAACUCAAUGAAAACGCCGAUGCAGCAGCCACCAACCCUAUCCAGUACGAGGAUCAAAAUCUCGAGCAAGCCGGCAACGCCCCCGCAGCCUCGGGCUCCCUGAACCCGUUCGGCUCCCUCUUGCUGUGGUUGCUAGGAGGCGGCGCUUCUGACGGCAUAGUCUCCUUCUUCUCCAUGUUCAGGGACGUCCGCGACCACCACGGCGGCCAGGACUACGCCGAGCCGCCCCAAAACGAGAACGAGCAGGUGACAUAG